AUGCCUCAGUUAUUGGACACUGGGGUAUUCGCUGUAACCGCAGCUACUGUUAUGUGGGCUUGGUUCUAUGUACCCGAAAAGCUCCCAUUCUCCUAUGGUAGGUGGAUUAGUGAAGUUGCACAGAUCGAUCCCCGCCUCAUAGAAGCUUUGCGGAGUGCACGAAGGGGAGAUUGGACCUAUGGAAAACCAAAAGGGUCUCAGGAUGUGCUGGAACCAAUGUGCGAGGAUUAUGGGUGGCCGAGAGUCUGGGGUGACCCCUCACAGACCGUUCCAAUACCAUGUGAAGUCGUUCAUAUGGGCUGUGGCCCGAACUGCGAAGUUCACGCCAUAUGGCGAUUUGCAAAGUCCUUUAGGUUUGCACUGAUGACUGACCUACCGAUACAGCUUUUAUUACGCUCAAGAUCACCUUCUCUUCAAGGGUAUUUCGGAGCUGUAAAAGCUUCGCUUCGUUCUUCCACCUUUCUGGGGCUUUUUGUUAGCAUAUUUUACUAUUCUGUGUGCCUUGCUCGCACUCGACUGGGGCCCAAAAUCUUCUCCUACGAAAAGGUCACGCCGAUGAUGUGGGAUUCGGGACUCUGUGUGGCCUCUGGCUGCAUGAUGUGUGGAUGGAGUGUUUUUGUUGAAAGUGCAAAAAAGCGCCAGGAAAUUUCUCUAUUUGUCGCGCCGAGAGCCAUUGCUACUUUGCUUCCUCGGCGAUAUGAUCGAAAGCAUAUGUGGAGAGAACAGCUGGCAUUCUCUCUUGGUACUGCAAUUGUUUUAACGUGCAUUCAAUCGGAUCCCAAAAAGGUUCGCGGUGUUCUAGGCGGGGUACUACGUCAAGUCUUCGGGAAAGCAUGAGCAUAGAGAGGGUUUGAUUCAAUAACGGCGUAUCAUAACUGUUGUAUUACUAGAUCUCGGGUCGAUGGGUUCAUGUGGCAACUUUCGGAUACAAAUACAUGCGUUCCCAUAUGAGGGAAUCUAUCAGGGUCCCCAACCGCUGAGGAGUGUCGGUUGGUCAAAUCGUCCGACAUUUUAAAGCAGCGUCAGGGAGGAGUAAAAGGGGGAUCGUAUAAAGCGAAGCCCGACCGGCAUUUUUCCGCAACAACGAAGAUCGGUUUGAUCGCCCAGAGAAAGCCGGAUGUCUUUUUGAAGUCCGAAACGAGAUUGCGAUCGCUCCGGUUCUAGUAAAACGGAGUCGACAGAAAUGCGCCGAGGCAUGCUACCCAGGCCGGGAAAUCGGCCACUGCUAAUCUUAGGCGAUGGAAGCCGAGCCAUCUGCCCAUGUCGCUGGCAGCGCCAUUCCCGGUCCGUUCUCCAAGCAUAUCCUGAAUUGGACCAGCCACCCACGGAACGAAAAGCAGAUGCCCAACUGCAGCAGCCAAUCCCGCGCAGUAAAGCUUAGUGCUGAAGGUUGGAAUGGAGAAUUUGUAGUCAAACACCAAGUUCGCGAUGGUUGCGGUGCUCGUGGUCAUGUUGAGAGCCAAAACAACCCACACCGAACGGUGGAAGAGAACUUUCCACCACUUUGGCAGGAUUUCGUCUGACUGCUUGCGGACUGAAGGGUGGAGGAAGGUGGAAUUGUAAACUAAUUCUGCCGUUGCGUAAACGAGGGUGCCGGUGCUGCCGAUGAGGGGCGCUACGCGGAGAAGCCGCAUGGGGUCAAAAAAGACUCCGGACGCCAUUCUGGGAGUAUUCGAUUAGAAGUGGAAGUAAUGUUGAACAAACAGAUGAACAAUAG